AUGGACCAGGCAAAAAACGUGGCUGCAAACGAUGGGAAGGAAAAAUCCUCCAUCCCGUCCAACAGAGGCAGCUGGUACUACCCAUCCCGGAAUCAGUUCUAUCGCACGACUCAGAAAAAAGGGUACAACUACUCCAAGGAAGAAUUAGACGUGGCUCUUAAAAUUCACAACGCCGUUAAUGAAGAAACGUGGAAGCGAAUAAUGAAAAAGGAACAAAAAUAUUUCGACCUGUGCAAAGAGCAGAAGCUAAUCAGGUUCAUUGGACUCCCAAACAAGUUGUCGCUAAAAGCCUUCAUGCUUAACCUCAUGGGGUACAACAAACCCUUUGAUCGACAUGACUGGUACAUUGACAGAUGCGGCAAUACCAUCAAGUACAUCAUAGACUACUACGACGGGAAGAGUGACGAGCGAGCCCCUGUCUCCAUCUUCAUCGACGUCAGGCCCGAGUUCAGCGUAAACAACAUGGUAGAUUAUUUUAAAAUGGUGUACAUUAAAAUGUGCAAAUAUUUCUUUUAG